AUGCAGGAAGCUGUUCAAAUGUAAUUCAACAGUAUAUCGAAGCGUCUGCUGCGGCUUAAAAAUCUAGUGAAAGUGUACUAAAUAUACAAAAAAUACAAAAGGAAAAAUAACAUUCAAAGAUAUGCAAGGAUUAAAGAGCUAAUGAAGAAGCUAAAAAGUGUGAAAAUCACGAAAGUAAAUUGUUUAUAAAUAUUGUUAAAAAUAUUUUUUGAAUAAUUUAUACGUUUAAUAACAAUAAAUUUACAAGGAUAUUUAUUAUUGUGAGCUGCUCAACGGUUAACGUUAAUGAAAUACAGAAAUAAUCGCGGCACAAUACUACAAUUGCAAUUCAGAACUUUUCUUAUUUGAAAAAUUUAGUGUCGAAAUUGUUGUGUGUUUGAAAAUUUGUUGAAGGUUGUUAACUAAUUGUAAAUUCAUUAACUCAUUGCUUUGCGGAGAUGUAAAUAACUCGCCCCCCGUCGACAGAAGUGAAAUUAAUUGAAAGCAAAAAUUCUCUCAAAUUAGCUGCGGUACAAAACCUGUGCUACAUACAUACAUAUAAUUUAUAUUUAAAUUAAAUUAAAAAAGUAAACAAAUUUUAUACGUAAAAUAGUUCCUGAAUUUAAAAAAAAAAAAACAAAAAAAAAAACUCCAGAAAUGUCUCCACCAAUGGCUACAUUGCUGAAACUCCUCUACCUGUGCGCCUUGGCACAUACAUCUAACAGUGUAGCGCUGCCAGACAACAGUGGUCAGAGGUAUCAACAGCCGCCGACAAUCAGUCCCGCAAUCGCUGAUCAGCGUACGUUCAAACAAACACCACCACCACCACCAUAUUUGUUGGUACGCAGCGACAACACAGCAUUUGCGCCAACAGAUCCCGAGCUCACUAUUUUAGAUGCCACAGUGAAUUCAGCAGAAAAACAUAGCUUUGAUGUGGCAGCACAAAUGUUGUUGCAAAUGUAUCGCGAACAAAUGGAUGGGCAGCUUGUGGCGGGCGAGCAAGAGGAAUGCAGUAAUCCCUCGCAUAAAGCCGCGUUCUCCGCUUACGAUUAUGCCAUAUUGCUCUCCAUGUUGAUUAUCUCGCUGGGUAUUGGCGUUUUCUAUGGUUUCUUCCACAAAUCGGGCAGUUCGUCGGAGGAUUUUCUACUCGGUUCGGGCAUGUCCAUCUUUCCCGUAACACUAAGCUUGACUACCAGCUUUAUAACAGCAAUCGAGUUGUUGGGCAAUCCAUCGGAGAUGUAUCUGCAGGGUACGCAAUUUGUGUUGAUUGUUAUUCCAAUGAUCAUGGUCAUACCGGUGGCUGUAAAGAUCUUCUAUCCCAUCUACUUUAAAAUGGAAUUGACAAGUUGUUAUGAAUAUCUUGGUAUACGCUUUGGCAAGGAGAUCCGUAUAUUGGGUGCCGUACUGUACGUCAUACAGAUGUGUUUCUACACCGCUGUAGCUGUGCUCGCGCCGGCGAUUGCGCUCUCCAAGGCCACUGGCUUAAACACAAAAGUUGCUGUGAUAUUAAUUUAUUUAGUUUGCGUAUUCUAUUCAUCUCAGGGCGGCAUGAAGGCGGUCGUCAUCGCUGAUACAUUUCAGGCCGCAGUUUUAGCUGUGUCUUUGGUGCUAGUCGUUGCUUUGGGUAGCUAUUAUAGCGGUAAUGCUAUAGAGAUCUUCAAUACGGCAGCAGAUCAUCAUCGUUUGGAGUUCUUCAACUUUGAUGUCGAUCCCACCACACGUCACACCGUUUGGUCUGUAGUAAUUGGUGGCUUCUUCUAUUGGACCUCUUUGUUUUGCGCCAACCAAGCAUCGGUGCAGAAGUGUAUGUCAUUGAAAUCCCUAAAAUUGGCCAAAGUUGCAUUGGGUUUCGCGAUACUCGGCUUGGUGAUUGUGUUUCUCAUGAAUUUCUACACGGGUCUAAUGAUUUUCAAUCACUACGCCGACUGUGAUCCACUCACAGCUGGACGCAUAACCGCCUCCGAUCAGCUGUUACCCUUCUACAUCAUAAGCACCUACGAACACAUCUACACGAUUGCUGGUAUUUUUGUUGCGGGUAUAUUUGCUGCCAGUUUGGGCACAGUAGCUUCGGCAUUGAAUUCACUCUCGGCUGUGACCUGUGAAGAUUUACUUGUGAAUGGCAUGAAUAUCAAAAUUACACCAGAUAAGGGUGCGCUCUACGCCAAAUGGAUGUCCUUGGGUUAUGGUAUAUUCUCAUUCGGUUUGGUUUUCAUCGUGGAGAAAUUGGGUGGCGUACUGCAGGCUACACUCACGCUGAAUGGCCUAAUUGGUGGCGUAACGUUGGGUCUCUUCGUGUUGGGUAUCGCUUUUAAGCGUGCAAAUACGAAGGGCGCAUUCUACGGUGGCUUGCUGUCAUUGGUCAUAGUCAUUUUUAUUGGUGUUAUGGCACAGAUUGUCAAUGUCGAACCGGUGGAGCUGCCCUUAUCGGUGGCGCAUUGUGAUUGUAAAGUCAAUGAGACAUCUGCGCUAUUGCCGACAAUGGGCGAUACACUGAUGAUGGUGGAGACGGGUUUUAGCUUAACAUCCCUUAGUUCCUGGCCAAUCUUCAAGCUCAGCUAUAUGUGGUACUCGAUGAUCGGCUGUUUGCUAACGAUAUUUUUGGGUUUCGUAAUUUCGAUUAUCGUCUCAGCGGUUCAACGUCAUAAUGUGCUCAAGAUAAGCGCGGCGCGUGAGGAGAAUGAUUACAAUAAAUCGGAGUUGCAACCACAAUUCAAUACGGAGAUCAAAGUGAUCGCUUCUACGGAGCCGCCACUGACGGAAAAGCCGCUGGGACAUGUUAAUCAUGCUAUUCGAUUGGAUGACGAAUGAAUUCGUUGAAGAGCGUAGUGG